CGCCAGGCGUCGCUGGCGUCGAGCCGGCGACGUAUCGUCGACUCGAGCGUGUCGUGUGCCGUCGUCGUCGUCGUCGUCGUCGUCGUCGUCGUCGUCGUCGUCGUCGUCGUCGUUGUCGUUGUCGUCGUCGUCGUCGUCGUCGUUGUCUUCGUCGUCGUCGUCUUCGUCCUAAUCGGGAUCAGUGCGUGUCUUUCGUUCUAGAUCUAUCAACGAUUCUUUCGUCGAACGAUAGAGAGAGAGAGAGAGAGAGAGAGAUAAAUAGAGAGAGCGAGAGAGAGAAGCUCGCUAAUCUUUCCAAGUUCUUUUUCUUUUUACGGCGUUCCUUUCUCCGUCCGCCACCGAAAGUAUCUCCUUUCGAAAGAGAAAGAGUGGGAGGGGAGAGAGACGGAGAGACAGAGACAGAGAGAGAGAGAGAGAGAGAGAGAGAGAGAGAGGAAGAGAGAGAGAAAGAAAGAGAAAGACGUACAUAUUCGUAGGGUGCACUGGCCGUACAGAUAGACGAGUAAAGGGACGUUGACGUGUGCGUGGGAGAGAAAUAGAGAUAGAGAUAGAAAAAGAAUGGAUUUACGAAGAAACACGCGGAGCGUACGAUAAUAGUAGCUCGACAUAGUUCUGCAAUCCGCCCUCGUGCGCGUCCACGGCGGAUCCGGAAGGAGGCGCGCUCGAAGGGAAAGAAUAGGGAGAGGUGAAUUCGCGCACCAUUAACGAGCUUCUCUUCCUGAAAACGAUCGAGCUCGCGCGCCAACCAAUUUGGGAUCGUGCCGACCGAUCGACCGACCGACCGACCGACCGAACGACCGACCGACCGACCGAACGACAAACCAACCCCGACAGACAGACCGAACGACCGAAAGAACGAGAGGAGUGACCACGGUGCGAUAAACUACCCCGUAGUGCCGCGAACACGUUCAACUCCCUUCCAACUCGUCUUCGUCGCCACCUCUUCUCUCGUUUCUCUUUUCACGCGCGUACGUAUAUAUGUAUACGCGUAGUGUUCGCGUAUAAGUCGGUACAUAUAUAUAAAUAUAAUCGAACGUACCCAGAUAUCUAUUUAUAAGUUUACACGAGAGAGCGAGAACAAGAGAUAGAUAGAGAGUAGCGGCGACGAUCGUGACGUCGCUCGCUGCUGGUGCUAGUGCUACGUUAUCUUUGGGGUGCCGUUUGUGAUGAUGAUGAUGAUGAUGAUGAUGAUGAUGGUGGUGUUGGUGACGACGAUGGUGGUGCGUCCUUAAGAAGAAAGAAUUUGUCAGUGCGAGAGUUACGCGAAACGCGAGAAAAGGUAGAAAAGAAGGAGAACGUGCAAGUUCCGGUUACACGCUCGAAUCUCGAGAGCUCUUCCCGUCGAUCUUUUUCUCCGAGGACGCUCUUUCUUCUCCCGAGAGGACAACGAAGAGGAUAAAAAGUCAUCGUCUACCCUGGUACUAGGAGAGAGGACGCGAACCGAGCGCGAACGACGUCGCGUUUAAGACGGAUAUGAGGUGCGGAUACGCCCGGCUCACGUGAUACGCACACGAUCGUCUCUACCACCGACGCUUCUCUCUUCCAAAGAUAUGCGGUCAGGGAGGAAGGUUCGUAGGAGCCCAGUGCCGUAGCAUGCCGGCGUGCUGGGUGAGCCGUUGGUGCGCCAUUGAGUCCGCCGUGGUGGUCAGACGGUAUCUCGAGGAGGGUACUCGAAGCAGUAGCAGCAGGAGCAGCGGGAGCAGGAGGAGGAGGAGAAGGAGAAGAAGAAGAAGGAGCGAUCUCGGCUGGAGAAGCAGCACGGAGCUCGACACCACCGACCGAUGAGCGCGGGGGGGGAUGGGGGCUCGGCGUUGGCUCCGUCAGGGCUGCCGGGCUCCCAGCCGAUGGCCGCGACCCCCUCGACCGCGACCCCCCCCGUCACCGGGCAGCACCAGCAGAUCGGACUGUCGGCCGUCGUCGAUCCUCAUCAGGCUCGUUCCCAGACGGGCCCUGCCGGUCCCACCGGUGCUUCUACCGGCGCUCCGGCCGGUGCUGCUCCCAAGGCCGCGACCAAGAGGCCCGCCCGCCGUGCUGGCAAACCGCCACCCGACAGGCCUAUCAGGGCUCUCUUUUGCCUGCCCCUCAAAAAUCCCAUAAGGAAGCUCUGCAUCGGCGUCGUCGAAUGGAAACCCUUCGAAUGGCUCAUCUUGAUGACGAUAUUUGCAAAUUGCAUCGCCUUGGCCUUCUACACGCCGUAUCCGUUCGGUGAUUCUAAUCAGACCAACCAGUAUUUGGAAAAGAUAGAAUAUGUAUUUCUCGUCAUUUUUACGGCCGAGUGCAUAAUGAAGAUCAUAGCCUACGGAUUCGUCGCCCAUCCGGGCGCUUAUCUACGAAACGGCUGGAACGUGCUGGACUUUACGAUAGUCGUAAUAGGAAUGAUGAGCACGGUAUUGGCGAUGCUUAUGAAAGAAGGAUUCGACGUUAAGGCGUUGAGGGCUUUCCGAGUAUUACGACCUCUCAGGCUGGUUUCCGGUGUACCAAGUCUUCAGGUGGUCCUGAACUCCAUUCUAAGAGCGAUGAUACCGCUUUUGCACAUUGCCUUGUUGGUUCUCUUCGUCAUCAUCAUCUACGCUAUCAUCGGCCUCGAGCUCUUUUCCGGGAAGAUGCACAAGACGUGUAGACACAACGUAACUGACGAACUAAUGAGCGAUCCAGUUCCCUGUGGUCCUAUGGGUUUUCAGUGUAGUACCCUUGGACCCGAUUUCUACUGCAGCAAUCAAUUUUGGGAAGGUCCGAACGAUGGCAUCACAAACUUCGAUAAUUUUGGUUUGGCCAUGCUCACGGUCUUUCAAUGCAUCACUCUCGAGGGCUGGACCGAAGUACUUUACAACAUAGAAGAUGCGAUGGGAAGUUCUUGGCAAUGGAUUUAUUUUAUUUCCAUGGUUAUACUCGGAGCCUUCUUCGUGAUGAAUCUAAUUCUCGGUGUGUUGUCCGGCGAGUUCUCGAAGGAAAGAGAAAAGGCGAAGGCUCGGGGUGACUUUCACAAGCUCAGGGAGAAACAGCAAAUCGAGGACGACCUCAGAGGGUAUCUCGAUUGGAUAACGCAAGCCGAGGACAUCGAGCCGGAAGCCGACGAGCCCAAAACGCAAGAUGGAAAGUCGAAACAACAAAACGAAAUGGAGAGCACGGAUCAAUUGGAGGGCGACGAGGAAGGGGUCCAACAGGAACCUGUUUGGAAGAGAAAGAAGCGAGAUUUAGAUAGGGUGAAUCGACGAUUGCGACGAGCCUGUAGAAAAGCCGUGAAGUCGCAGGCCUUUUAUUGGCUCAUCAUAGUGCUCGUUUUUUUAAACACCGUAGUUCUCGCGACCGAGCAUUACAAUCAACCGCAUUGGUUGGACGAUUUUCAAGAGAUCACCAACAUGUUUUUCAUCGCUCUCUUCUCCAUGGAGAUGAUACUGAAGAUGUACAGUUUAGGAUUUCAGGGUUACUUCGUCUCUUUGUUCAAUCGUUUCGAUUGUUUCGUCGUGAUCGGCUCGAUAACCGAGAUGAUCCUUACGAACACGAACGUAAUGCCGCCUCUCGGAGUUUCCGUGCUCCGUUGCGUCAGACUAUUGAGAGUAUUCAAGGUAACAAAAUAUUGGAGAUCGCUCUCCAACUUGGUGGCUUCUUUGUUGAAUUCGAUUCAAUCGAUCGCCUCUCUCUUGCUUCUGCUCUUCCUUUUCAUCGUAAUUUUCGCACUCUUAGGAAUGCAGGUCUUCGGUGGGAAGUUUAAUUUCGCCGAUCUGCAGGACAAACCACGGCACAAUUUCGAUAGUUUUUGGCAGAGCUUACUCACCGUCUUUCAGAUAUUAACCGGUGAGGACUGGAAUGCGGUAAUGUACGUCGGAAUUCGAGCUUACGGGGGCGUUUCUAGUCCCGGCGUUAUAGCCUGCACUUACUUCAUCGUUCUCUUCAUAUGCGGUAACUAUAUCCUCCUGAACGUCUUCUUGGCCAUCGCGGUGGACAAUCUCGCGGACGCGGAAUCGUUAACGGCCAUUGAGAAGGAGGCCGAAGAGGAGGCCGAGAAGAACAAAUCUCACAGUGGAUCGCCAGCGAGAGACGAGAUCAGCGGCGAAGCUGGAGAUGGCGGAGAGACCGGUGGCGAAGACGAGGGUGGUGCUACGGAUAUGGAGCACGACCCUAAUGAGACAAUGGAGGAUUACGAGGUUGCUUUGGACACUGAAACAUCGGAGAAGAGCGAGGACGGGAACACGCACAAAGUUCGUUUAAAUAUCGAAUCGGACGAGGAAGCGGAGGAGGAAGAGGCCGAGCAGAACGAGAUACAUGACGAGGGGCAAGAAGUAUCGGCCAGGCCACGAAGAAUGUCCGAGUACAACACGGCCACGAAAAAGCAACCGAUCCCGCCGGGUACCUCCUUCUUUAUUUUUUCUCAAAACAACAGAUUUCGAGUAUUUUGUCAUUGGCUUUGUAACCACAGUUACUUUGGUAACGUGAUCUUAGCCUGCAUCAUGAUAUCCUCGGCCAUGUUGGCCGCCGAGGAUCCGUUAAGCGCUACUUCGUACAGAAAUCAGAUCCUGAAUUACUUCGAUUAUUUCUUUACUAGCGUUUUCACGAUCGAGAUCUGCCUGAAGAUGAUAUCGUACGGAUUCGUUAUUCACGACGGUGCUUUCUGCCGAUCGGCCUUCAAUCUACUCGACCUUCUCGUCGUCUGCGUGUCCCUCGUUUCUACAUUCUGGAGUUCCGGCGCGAUAUCGGUGGUGAAGAUACUCAGGGUGUUGCGCGUUCUCAGACCGUUGCGCGCCAUCAACCGUGCCAAGGGAUUAAAGUACGUAGUGAAGUGUGUGAUUGUCGCCAUUAAAACGAUUGGCAACAUUAUGUUGGUCACCUAUCUCCUACAGUUCAUGUUCGCUGUUAUCGGGGUACAGCUGUUUAAGGGCAAGUUUUUCUAUUGUACCGAUGCAUCGAAAAUGACGAAGGAAGAAUGCCAGGGUACUUAUCUGGAAUUCGAGAAUGGCAAUAUCAAUAGACCUGUCGUUAGAGAAAGAGAGUGGGAGCAACGUCGUUUCCACUUUGAUGAUGUUGCCAAGGCGAUGCUGACCCUCUUUACGGUUUCAACAUUCGAAGGCUGGCCAGGGCUGUUGAAUUGGUCGAUCGAUUCCAACAAGGAAGAUCACGGACCGAUUCACAAUUUUCGGCCGAUCGUGGCCGCCUACUACAUAAUCUACAUCAUCAUCAUAGCAUUUUUCAUGGUCAACAUCUUCGUGGGUUUCGUCAUUGUCACCUUUCAGAACGAGGGUGAACAGGAGUACAAAAAUUGCGAGCUCGAUAAGAAUCAGCGGAACUGUAUCGAGUUCGCGUUGAAAGCGAAACCCGUUCGACGAUAUAUACCGAAGCAUCGAAUACAAUACAAAGUUUGGUGGUUCGUCACUUCUCAACCGUUCGAGUACACGAUAUUCACAUUGAUCAUGAUAAACACCGUCACCCUUGCGAUGAAGUUCUAUCAGCAACCGACGCUAUACACCGAAGUUCUCGACGUGCUCAAUAUGAUUUUCACCGCAGUCUUCGCCCUCGAGUUCGUCUUUAAACUCGCAGCUUUUCGAUUCAAGAAUUACUUUGGCGAUGCCUGGAACGUAUUUGACUUCAUUAUCGUUCUCGGAAGUUUCAUCGACAUCGUAUACUCGGAAGUUAACCCCGGCUCGACCAUCAUUUCUAUCAAUUUCUUUCGACUGUUUCGAGUGAUGCGCCUCGUUAAACUGUUGAGCAGAGGAGAGGGCAUAAGAACGCUUCUCUGGACCUUUAUCAAAUCCUUCCAAGCUCUACCCUACGUAGCCCUUCUAAUCAUAAUGCUCUUUUUCAUCUACGCGGUAAUAGGCAUGCAGGUUUUCGGAAAGAUCGCGAUAGACGACGAUACGUCCAUAUACCGUAACAACAACUUUCAGUCGUUCCCGCAAGCUGUCCUCGUUUUGUUCAGAUCUGCGACGGGUGAAUCUUGGCAAGAGAUCAUGAUGGACUGUUCGGCCCAACCGACCAAAGUAAAGUGCGAUCCAAACAGCGACGAAUAUAACAAUCCAUCCGGUUGCGGAUCGGACAUAGCAUUUCCCUACUUCAUAUCGUUCUACGUUCUCUGUUCCUUUCUAAUCAUCAAUCUAUUCGUUGCCGUCAUUAUGGACAACUUUGAUUACUUGACGAGAGACUGGUCGAUAUUGGGACCGCAUCACUUGGACGAGUUCAUUCGUUUAUGGUCCGAAUACGAUCCCGACGCGAAAGGACGUAUCAAGCAUCUCGACGUUGUAACGCUGCUACGAAAAAUAUCACCACCCUUGGGUUUCGGUAAACUUUGCCCGCACAGAGUCGCUUGCAAGAGGCUGGUUUCGAUGAACAUGCCAUUGAACAGCGACGGCACGGUCCUUUUCAACGCGACCCUAUUCGCCGUUGUAAGAACAUCGCUGAGGAUUAAAACGGAAGGAAACAUCGACGAUGCGAACGCCGAACUUAGAGCCGUGAUUAAGAAGAUUUGGAAGAGAACCAGUCCAAAACUCUUAGACCAAGUCGUACCACCGCCAGGAGUCGACGACGAGGUAACGGUCGGCAAGUUCUACGCAACUUUCCUCAUCCAGGACUACUUUCGUAGAUUCAAGAAGCGCAAAGAACAGGAAAUGAGAGAGGGUGAUAAGGAAUGUCACAAUACGGUAACGCUACAGGCUGGCUUGAGAACUUUGCACGAAGCAGGUCCCGAGUUGAAGAGAGCGAUCUCUGGUAAUUUGGAAGAGCUUAUGGACGACAAUCCGGAACCUACGCACAGGAGAAACCAUUCGCUGUUCGGUAGCGUCUGGUCGAGCAUGCGUAAAGGACAUCACAGCUUCCACAGAGCGAGAUCGCUCAAAGUGAACUCCAAGGCUUCCCCCACGAAUUCCAUAGACUUUCUGUCGUAUUCCUCUUUGCAGAGGGGCGUCGGAUCAGACGCUCCUAAUCAAAUCACCGCAAGAUCCCAUCAAGUCGUGCCAAACGUAGCUGGCGGUCUAAGCGACAGCGCGAUGAAUCAAAUGGGAAUGGACCCGAGAUUAACCGGCGUCGAAGAAAGUAUUCCCUUGAGACCUCUCGCCGUCUUUGGCAACACUACGCAACGUUCAGCCUAUCAUAGCUCUUACAAAAUGGUCGGUCUUCAGGACGGAGUCGAGCGGCAGUUGACGCCACCUACCCCUCCGCCACGAAGGAUACCAGGACAGAGCACUAGCAGCACCGUUACGAGCACCGGCACGAUCCACCCUACCACCGCCGUCACUGGCACCGCCGUCACUGACACAGUCGUCACAGCCGUCACGGGAACGAGCGCAAACACCUCGACUACCGCGACCAGCCCCACUUCCUCUUCGAAUGGCACCAAUCGUUACUAUACCUACGCGACGGGGGGCUGCUGCGUCGAUUGUGCCGUCUGGAGCAAUCACGAAAUGCGAGAAGACAACGAAUUCGAUCUCGUACCGGACACGAGCGUGGCCGUAGACGAUCAGGAGGAGGAAGAGGAGGAGGAAGAGGAGGAGGAGGAGGAGGAGGAGGAAGAGGAGGAGGAGGAGGAGGAGGAAGAGGAGGAAGAUGAGGAGGAGGAGGAGGAGGAAGAGGAGGGGGAGGAGGAGGAGGAGGAGGAGGAGGAGGACGACGACGACGACGACGAGGAGGAGGAGGAGGAGGAAGACGAGGAAUCGUCGAUCGCAAGCGGUACCAGCGAUUCCGAUACCUGGAACAACUCCGAGGGUGGCGCACGUCCAAUGGCAAAAUCACCGUCGUCCGCGGGAGAUAUAAAGAGAACGACGAGCCCGACGUUGCGGCCUGCGCCGACGACGCAAAUACACAAGUUUGGAAGUCGAGCACGAGCACGCGCACGAACCGCGGCUGCACCCUUGAGACCGGGCAUCCUGUUCGCGCGGUCGCGACGUCAGAGCGACACCAGCGGAAAAUCGGCACCGUCUAGUUUCCGUAGAUGUCGCGAGGCCGUUUCCGAAGCGGCCGACGGAACCGCGAGCGACCCUCCGAGCGAUCCUCCGAGCGACCCGCCGAGCGACGCCGUCGAAGGGACCAUCGGGGGGACCAUCGGAGGGACCAUCGGAGGGACCAUCGGAGGAACCAUCGGAAGCCUCGCCAACGGCCUCAAAAUGGCGCAGACUCAGGCGAUCGCCGUUGCCGGUUUCCUCGCCGACGUCGAUUCGCGUCAAUGGCGCGUCUGCGAGUCCUGCUUCUCCCACCGAGCCUCCUUCCACGGCAGAGUUCCAUCCUGGGCCGGAGAGAGCAACGGAAGCGUCGGAGCCGAACGGCUUUCUCAUAGUUUGCCUGGUAGUCCUGCCGAUCGAAAGCCGAACUUCGAAGUGAUCGGAAGCGCCGAGAGUUUGGUCGGACGGGUGCUCGUUGAACAGGGACUGGGCAAGUAUUGCGAUCCAGAAUUCGUGAGGUACACGUCUCGCGAGAUGCAAGAGGCUCUGGACAUGACGCGAGAGGAGAUGGAUAGAGCGGCUCAUCAGUUGCUUUUGCAAGAACGACGUAGUCAGUCGUUCAGGUAUCACCAGCAGCAGCAACCGCAACAGCAGCAACCGCAACAGCAGCAACAGCCCGACAUGGUCCAACAAUGGAAUCCCGCGUACCAGCAGCCGAUCGGAAUAGGCUAUCAACCUUUACAGGAGCAACCGCCGAGUGGUACGCAGCGAACGUUCCAUCAUCAACCGAGCUACCAUCGUCAAGGACAACAACAACAACAGCAACAGCAGCCACCCUCUUAGCGGCAGGAAGACGAUCGCUCCGUAAAGAGAAUUCCGUCUACGUAGCCUCGAGUUCGAACACUCCUUUCGGACCAGUCCAAGUCGCGAGCCGUUCGAUCUUCCUCCGAUCGAGAGAGAGAGAGAGAGAGAGAGAGGGGGAGAGAGAGCGAGAGAGAGUGAGGGAGAGAGAGCGAGAGAGAGAGACGGACAGACAGACAGGGCAAGAGGGAGAGAGAGAGAGAAAACAGAAAGAAACACUUCACCGAUCAUUUCACCCUCGUACGAGACGCGAUCGUUGUGUACCACACUACCCAAAAAAGCCCCUUUUCUACUUUCCGAAUAUUUUUAUCGAUCGAUCGACGAAAAUCCACUUUUCUUCGGAUUUCGACGGCACGGUCGAUUUUCGAGGAAGCACAGAAUAACGGAUCGCGCGUUAGGUAAUUACCAAACUUUUCUUUUCUUUUCUUAUCGUUAAGCUAGCGAGAAGACGAUAACAAGUCGGACGAAAACGCAAAAUCAUCCUUUUCCGUGGAAAUGACGUUGCUUCGAGACGUGCAACGUUUCUCUAUAUAUAUAUAUAUAUGCAUAACAAACGUUGAUUUCGUCGUCCUUAAUUUUCUCGGCACUCGAAGACUUGAAAUCGAUCGGCCGAGAUCCGCGAACCUCGACGGACUUCCGUCCGAGAAGUGGAGGAAGAAGAGGAAGACGAAUCUUCCUUUUUUCCUUUUUUCUCUUUCAUUGAUACCGUAUAAAUAGACCUAUAUAUACGCACAUAUUCUUAUUCUUAUUCUUAUUAUUAUUAUUAUUAUUAUUAUCAUUAUUACUAUUAUUAUUAUCGUCAUCCUCACCGUCAUCGUCAUCGUCAUCACCAUCAUCGUCAUAACUAUUAUUAUUAUUAUUAUUUUUAUCGUCAUCGCCAUCACGUUAUAUUAUCGCUAUUAUAUUAUUAUCUACUACUAGUACCGUUAUUAUCGUUGGUUAUUCGUAACUAUUUUUCGUCCUCAUCGAUAGACGUUAAAGAAAAAAAAAAGUCACUCUUAAGGAAAAUCGCUAUUAGUACGGUUAAAGUCAUUGUCGCUACUUGCACGAUGGAUUAUUCUAGAUGAUAUAACAAGUGCCUAAGUAUCUAAUAACUUCUUUCGGACCAGAGAAGACUUUUAUCAACAUAGACAAAGUACGACUAUAAUUGCGAAUUAUGACGAGUUACGAGCCGAGUAUGUACACUACGAUAUUGUAACGCGAUAUAGAUAUUAUUACUGUACAUAUAUGUUGCGCGCGUAUUAAUGAGAAUGCGCGGUACGAUGAAUGGCCGAUAAAAAAACAGCCGCGAAAUUCGAUUAAUAACGUAUGAUUGUAGGGAACGCGCGAGAGAUUUUACACGAAAGAAGGAUGGAACGUUCGUAUUACGUAUCUGAAGUGAAAUUUCGACCCAAAACACACACACGCACACGCACACACACACUCGUACGCGCUCGAGCAUACGAAGCCUUCUCUUAUACACACGUAUAGACUUCUAAACGGUCUUAUUCGGCAAAAACGAAACGAACAAGAGGAAGAGGAAGAGGAAGAGGAGGAGGAGGAGGAGGAGGAGGAAGGAAAGAAGAAAAAUUCUAAUGGAGAAAAAUAUGGGCGCAAGGAGAAAAGAUACAUGGCAGAUUUUUCAAUGUAAAUCGUUCAAAGAUCCGCUCCCGUUUCCUCUGACGCACAAAGUUUACUCAGAAAAUCGAAGAAUUGCGAUUGGUGUCCUAGAGCCAUUGUUCUUGGUAGACGCGCAAGACGUUUUUUCUUCGAUUUUUAAAUAUCCGAUCACGUAAUAAUCACGUUAAUCGUUUUAUCGCGUCUACAUCGCCGUUGCGCACAUCUACGUACCGCUUAAUUAUCGCCGAUGAAAAAGGAAAACGAGGAAGGAGAAGAAGAAAAUCAAAAAAGAGGAGAAAGAGAUCGAAGAGACGAUGCGACGCGAGGUCGCAUUCGAUACUUUGUUUUAAUGAAACCCAUACGCAGGAUCGACGUAUUCACGUAUUCGUAUAUAACGAACGCGCUAACACGCUCCAUUUAUUUUCAUUGGCCCGACGAUGAAUAACGUCAUGUACGUAUGUAUGUAUGCGAUCGAAUCAUCGAACAUUUCGACACGACGAUGGCGUAGCGAUCGCCAACGAAAUGGCGUUACUACUUCGUCAUCGUUAUGUCACAUUCUCAUCUCUCGACCGUUUCUUUUCACCUUAACAACGAAAAUCUCAUCGCAUAUAACGUGAAAUUCUAAUUAAUCGCGAAACUUGGUUCAUACUCACGUAUUAUGUACCGUCUAUCUAUCUAUAGAUACUAUAAAAGAUGUGAAACGUCGAGAAGCGACGACGUCGCGAAUUCGAGGCGGAUGGGAAAAAAAAACAAAUGUUUAUUCUAAAUCUUUGCGAUCGUUGGACCACUCAGACUCGCUUUAAAAAUUCUGGACAAUAUCCUUUGGUGAAUGUCGAAGCGAUUCAAUCCUGUCUAGUGCCUUUCGUAAUUCUCCCUCUUCGGUUGUCCCAUUAGCGCACACUCGACGUUAAACCUCUUUCUUUCUUUGGUUUCCGAUCAUACCGAUAUAAUAUUAUGAUGUCCAGAGGAGAGAACAGCUAUUCUACGACGAUCGAAGAGCGAGCAAUAUCGCGCGUCAGUCUCCACGAUUCUCUUAACGGAACUAAUCGCGGACCGAAAGGACCGAUUAAAAAGUGAUAACGAAAGUAAAAAAGAGGAACGAAGACGGAUCGAAGUAGUCUAGGAUGAUCGCGAGCCAUUGCUUAUACAUACAUACGUAUUAUACACUUGAUCUUUCGUAUAUCCGUUUUUUGAACGUCUUUCUAAUAAUCUCGUACUUGUCUAUAACCGUCUUUUUAUACCUAAACUAUCUUAAAAAAUGAACUUUAUACAGAAAAGUAGAUUACGCGCGCGACACGUUCUCUUAAACUUUCUAAUAAAAAUUCGUAAUCGUCGAUGUUUAGAUAGCUGUCAACAAGAUUUUUUACGUCGCCGAUAGACACUGCGUUUUAAAUGUGAUAAAAAUCAGACGCAGAGGAGGAACCCACGAGGAGAAGGAAGCGCGAUACGAGCGUACGAUCUCUUUUCUUUCGGUACUUUUUUUUUCUUUUUUUUUUUUGCUUUCCACCAUUACCGACAUUUCAAUGUACGACAGAAGAAUUACACAAAUUAGUCGGAGGCACACUUUUGAAAGAUCGCACAAAUCACUCCGCGUUUUUCCAACGAAUCGGACGAAACGCGUCGUAUUUAUCCUCUAUUAUUUAGAUAUUUUUGAUACGACUAAAAUAUAAUAGAAUCGUCUUCUCGUGAUUUCGCUAGAGAGAGAGAGAGAGAGAAUGAAUCGCGUCGUUGAUCCGUUCGCUUAAAAAGAAAAAACGCUUGCCGACGGGAGAAUCGUGGAGGACUUUUAAAAGAAUGAAAGUUUUACACGUUUAGCAGGAACGAAAGAAAAUUGGAAAGAAUCGCUAAGGUGUCAGAGAUUGUAAUCGUCGUCGUUUUCUUUCUUGAUUGAAACCCUUUGUCUUUUACGCGCAAUUACAAAGUUCGACCGUACGAUAACGUUUUUAAGAGCACAACAUUACGAGAUUGUAUAACGCUAAAGCACGAGAUAUAUAGGCGAGCAGUCUAGCGUGGACGAUCGUCCGGAUAUUUUCGUGAAGAGAUCGUAGAAGAAAGGUGAUAUAAUCAUUCGGCAUCGAUGCACACACACACACACACUUCUUCCUCGACGACAUUGUCCUUAAACGUUCUCAUCGUCGACACGAGAGACGUAUGUCCUUAUAGCGUAAAGAGUAUGCGUGUGUAUGUGUGUAUUUACAUAUAGAUAUAUGCACGCAUCGUACACACAUGUAUAUGUAUAAGUUGUGUAAAGUUGCAAUCAAAGUUUUACCAGGGCGUUCAUAUAAACGAGUCACUUUGAUCGUUUCGAGAUCGCUUAGAAUAUCGAGAAAUCGUACGCAACCACCGAAUCUUUCAUCGUUCGAAAAGAAGAAAGCAUGUGUGAUCUUUUUCCCUUCACUCUCUCUCUCUCUCUCUCUCUCUCUCUCUCGCUCGCUCUCGCUCCCUCCUCUCUCUCCCUCCCCGUCUCUCAUCCUCGUCUUUUUGAUAUAAAAGAAAUAUUUCUUGCGCACAGUUAUUUGCUAACGAACGAUGAAUCAUAAAAGUGUGCAGCUGUACGAAGUCGAAUCUAGUUGACAAAUUUCAAUCGCCUAUGAAAGAAAAUAAGUUUUCUUAAGAGAAACGUAUGAACGCCCUUUCCAACGAUCGUUAUCAUUUUAGAUAACGAUCAUUUUUAACGGCCGAUCGUCAGACCACGUCGUUCAGUCCGAAUCUCACGAAGAAAAAGAAAAAAGAGAAAAAAAAAAGAGAAAAAAACAAGCAAAAAAGAAAAAAUAACGAAAAAUAAGAUAAGUAAGAAAAAGAAAGCGUAAACUCGACGAUCGGCGGUGUAAACAUAUUUUCGUAAGAAUUAUUGUUAUAUAGAAACUUAGCGUUACGUACUGAACGAGACCCAGACCACUUUUCGGAUUUAGCAUGUAAAUAUUUAACUAUCGUAACGUAAUUUUUAGCGGAUUCAUUCGUUUCUUUGCUCCUUUCGAAUCCGACGUCUCACUACCCGGAUGGUGUUGCUCGAUUGAAAAGAACGAAUUAUAAACUUACAUUAGAGGAAAUAACGAUAAAAACACGUGAUUGUGUAAAAGUGUCGUUUUUCGCCGACGUUCCUUACCAAACAAAAUGGCGUCACCUAGCUCUCACCUCCGCGUCUCUUCGUUCGACGAGACCAUCUCGGUAGCUCGCGAUCGAGCAGAUAAUUGUCACUAUUUUACGAAGAUAGGAAGAAGGAGAACGCCUAUGAAAGGGAGAAACCGUGCACGAGAGAACGACGAGCAAGAGCUUGCACGACUUCCCUCGUUGAUCGAUCGGCGAUCCUUUGGCACCAGACACGCGACCGUUCUUCGCUCCAAAUUUUCCUCGAGACGACGAGAAAAGCACGCACACACGCACUCGAAGACACCCGCAGAGAAAACUUUAACGACUAUUUAUCGCUUCUUUUCCUUUUCCGAGCGCCACGAAAUAUUCGAAUCGUCGUAAAUAAAAUUGAAUUUCGCGAUUUCUCUUUGUUAAUUCAACUUCCCGACGUUUCUACCUAUAUAACCUAGAAGCGAAGAAACGACGCACGCGAUUGGUCGAUCGUCGUCGCGCGAGCCAAGUGCGCCAAAGCUCUGCUCGUUUGAAUCUUCGAUCGGCAAGCGGAGAAAUCGAUAUUCCUCUUGUUAUUCCUUUGAAUUUCAAGGGAAAGCGGUAGAAGCACGAGAGGGGGGAGAGGGGAGGGGGAGAAGGAUCACGUAUAUUAGAAAUCGAGAUUCACUCUUCUUGUCGGUCGCUCGUCAAAAGUGACGAUAAGUGCCACACACACACACACACACACACACACACACUCGAUCAUCGUUUUACUUUGUAUUUUCGAUUACGUUUGCGUGCGUGUAAUUCUGUCCGAAUUGCACGAACAUUACAAUAAUAAUAAUGAUGACGAAUGAGAGACGAAAAUACGAAGAGACCGAGUGGGCAGCAUUUUGCUGACUAGAGAAAAACUAACACAGAAAUUGUUGUUGUUGAUGUUGUUGUCAAAAAUGUGUCAAAUUAAAAUAUAAGGAUUUCAAACAUCUUA